CUCCCCGGACCAUGCAUUCACUAUAUCUGGUCUCCCCAGACCCUGCAUUCACUAUAUCUGGUCUCCCGGACCCUGCAUUCACUAUAUCUGGUCUCCCCGGACCCUGCAUUCACUAUAUCUGGUCUUCCCGGACCCUGCAUUCACUAUAUCUGGUCUCCCUGGACCCUGCAUUCACUAUAUCUGGUCUUCCCGGACCCUGCAUUUACUAUAUCCGGUCUCCCCGGACCCUGCAUUCACUAUAUCCGGUCUCCACGGACCCUGCAUUCACUAUAUCUGGUCUCCCCGGACCCUGCAUUCACUAGAUCCGGUCUCCACGGACCCUGCAUUCACUAUAUUCGGUCUCCCCGUACCCUGCAUUCACUAUAUCCGGUCUCCACGGACCCUGCAUUCACUAUAUUCGGUCUCCCCGGACCCUGCAUUCACUAUAUAUGGUCUCCCCGGACCUUGCAUUCACUAUAUCUGGUCUUCCCGGACCCUGCAUUCACUAUAUCUGGUCUCCCCGGACCCUGCAUUCGCUAUAUCUGCUCUCCC